UGUAGGUGUGGCCCUUAAGGAGCUCUAUUUUGCUUGUCUAUCACGAUGGCACUAGUAGGGAUGUUGCCGAUCUCAGGGUCUAGACGGGGCGUAAGAUGGAAAAGAGGUCGCACAAAAACACAGCAGCACUCCAUUGCUUCUUCGUUAACCCAACUGCGACAGUGCUACUAGCCAACCAAAAUGUAUCGUGCCCUCAACUAUUCGAAUCAAUCCCGCUCAUCUCCGUAUAUGUGACCUACAGCAUUGGGCAUAGACACCAUUCGUAACUCCAGCACUGUUUACGGUACCCGCGGAGUGGCAGGCUGCGAAUUUUGCUUCAGUUCCAACGACCGCACCUUGCUAAUAAUCAAGCUCGCUGCUACAUACAGAGCAUCAACGACUACUAACAGUAAAACACUGGCUUCCGUCCGCUCAUCACUCGCGAUGUACGACUCGGACGACCCCAUCUCAACAAGUGCCUCCUCGGCAUGUAGCGUGUCCCGGCCCUCUUCGUCGUCCUCGGCUCCAUUCACGGAUUCAUCGAAAGCACCUACGGCUGCUGGCGCGCCCUCAACUCGGCUGUUCGAGAUUCGCGAGACUCCAAACGCUGGCCGCGCCGUCUUCGCGGUCCAAGACAUUCUGGAGGGGGCGGUGUUGUGGCGUUCAGAUGACCUGACGCUGUCGGUCCUGCUCCGCGAGUACCGCCGUGAGGUCUGCGGUCAAUGCUUCAGCUAUGACUACGGCCGAGACCUUCCCGUACGUGACCAAGUUGUGGGAUUUGCUUUCUGCUCAGAGAAAUGCCGUGAGACGUGGAUGGAGUGUAAUGGGCAUAUCGGCGUGGAGGCCUGGACUGCUGUCGAGACAUUUGUAAAGAAGAAAAGUAAGGAGGACAGUGUGAUGGUUAGGGCGGAUCCAUCACGACCGAGCAGGAAGGAUAUCGCACACGCAUGGGCAGGUGUGGAGGCGCAGGCAGAAAUGAUACGGGCAGCGCGGCAGGCGGAGCGGCCUAAGCUCGAGCAAUGUAUUGAGUAUGGGAAUGUGCAGUUGACGAAGCAGCAUCGGAAAGCAGUCUCGAAAGCGCUGCAACAACGAAUAUCGCCCGACAUCAUGGGCUUUAUCGUUGGUGGUGUUGUGUGCCGCUACAACAAGCCGCACGAUUGGGAGAAAGUGCUCGCCCUUGCUGAGGACAAGACGCCUUACCAUAGCGCCGACGAUCUUCAGGCCUUUACUCGGUCAUAUCUUCAUCUGGUUGCCAUUCUUCCUUUGCAGCUUCUACCACUGGUCACGGUCGAAACCAUCUUCCUUCUCAGCUCACGAGACAGCCACAAUUCCUUCGGCAUUCGGUCGCUCGAAGACGAGGGUUCGGAAUUUUUUGGGUACGGAUGUUGGCCGGCAUCGAGUUAUUUCAACCAUUCAUGUGUGCCAAACGUUGAGAGAACUCGUCGGGGGCGAGUAUGGUACUUCACAGCUACAAGUCACAUCAAGAGCGGCGAGGAGCUUAACAUCACGUAUCUGGGUGGAGAGGGGCGGACCCUGAGUCGAGAACGCAGAAUGCAGACAUUGAAGGAAACCUGGGGUUUCGAAUGCGCGUGUAAGGGAUGCGAGGCUUUGUAGCUGGGGCAGGCGGCCUGACAGGGUAGUCAGUCCAAGCAGUAUCCGAUGUAACAAAGGCUGGCUGCCACACGCGAUGCAGAAGACAUGUAGGGGCAAUUGCUACAAUGGGCUGAGGCAUCUGCAGCGUUCCCAUGGCUCAUGUUGGGAUGGCUCACGUUUGGAGGAUUCUGUACCCAUUCAUAAACC